AUGGCCACAGACACAUCGCCCAGCAUCAUCGCCAUUGCAACCAUCUCCCUCUUCGUCUUCAUCGGCUUCGUGGUCUGGGCCUUCCUCAGGUACAUCCCGCGCUGGCUGGCGCAGUUCCGGAUCAGGAAUCGGAGCGGGACCGAAGAAGAAGCAGGUACAGGGUUGAGCAUAGUGACCCGGAUCGAGCACCGCGAGUUCGACUGGCCCGACGGCAGGGGUCGCGGGGCGUAUGAUAUCGAGGUGUCGCGGCCCAUAGUGGUGCGGACUGGGUCCAGGCCCGGUAGCGCGGCGCCGGAUGCGGAACGGGGACGGGACAGGGGAAAUGGGCUUGUGGGUUCGAAGAACUACUAG